AGACAAAAGCGGAUCGGGAUCUCAGCUCCCCCCUCUCCGCCCUCGCUAAGCCGCUAAGCCAUGGCCGUCUUCAUGAUGAGCGGCGAGGAGGUGAUGAGCGAGGAGCAGUUGGCCCAUUGGUGUUCGGAGUCCGAAUCAGCGGCGGGGUUUCCCCCGACCUCGGAUGAGCUUAGGCGGGAGGUGGCCAGGCGGCGGAACAUUGUGAAUUUCCGGCGCCUGCAGUUGGUUUGCGACGGCGUCGUUGUGGGACCUGACAGCUCCAUGGACGAAUCUUUCAAGGGCGACUUCUUUGUUCUUUUGCGCCCGUACGCGGAUGUGGAUUGGUAUGCGCGUUUGCGUUUGUUUGGAGCCAACAAUCAUUUUGCUGAAGUUGUGCACCUCUUGGAGCAGCCCCUGAAUCCAGAUGCUGUUGAUACCGAACCAUGGCGCACGCUUUUGCAUUUUGCUGCUGCGCAUGGCAAUCAUGAAGCAGUGCGAUGCUUGCUGGAAGUUGGUGCCAACAAGGACCCGGCUGACAGGCAUUGGUGUACACCUCUGCAUUUUGCAGCCCUCAAUGGCGGUCACAAAGUGGUGCAAAGCUUGCUGGAAGCUGGUGCCGACAAGGACCUGGCUGACGUGCAUUGGAGAACACCUCUGCAUCAUGCUGCUGAGAAUGGCCAUCAUGAAGUGGUGCGAAGCUUGCUGGAAGCUGGUGCCGACAAGGACCUGGCUGACGAGGAUUGGUGUACACCUUUGCAUGUUGCUGCUGGGUAUGGCCACGCGGAAGUGGUGCAAAUCUUGCUGGAAGCUGGUGCCGACAAGGACCUGGCUGACGUGUAUUGGUACACACCUCUGCAUUAUGCUGCUAAUAGUGGCCGCGCGGAAGUGGUGCAAUUCUUGCUGGAAGCUGGUGCCGACAAGGACCUGGCUGACGUGGGUUGGUGGACACCUCUGCAUUAUGCUGCUGAGAAUGGCCAUCAUGAAGUGGUGCGAAGCUUGCUGGAAGCUGGUGCCGACAAGGACCUGGCUGACGAGGAUUGGUGUACACCUUUGCAUGUUGCUGCUGGGUAUGGCCACGCGGAAGUGGUGCAAAUCUUGCUGGAAGCUGGUGCCGACAAGGACCUGGCUGACGUGUAUUGGUACAUACCUCUGCAUUAUGCUGCUAAUAGUGGCCGCGCGGAAGUGGUGCAAUUCUUGCUGGAAGCUGGUGCCGACAAGGACCUGGCUGACGAGGAUUGGUGAACACCUUUGCAUGUUGCUGCUGGGUAUGGCCACACGGAAGUGGUGCAAAUCUUGCUGGAAGCUGGUGCCGACAAGGACCUGGCUGACGUGUAUUGGUACACACCUUUGCAUUAUGCUGCUAAUAGUCGCGCGGAAGUGGUGCAAUUCUUGCUGGAAGCUGGUGCCGACAAGGACCUGGCUGACGAGGAUUGGUGUACACCUUUGCAUGUUGCUGCUGGGUAUGUCCACGCGGAAGUGGUGCAAAUCUUGCUGGAAGCUGGUGCCGACAAGGACCUGGCUGACGUGUAUUGGUACACACCUCUGCAUUAUGCUGCUAAUAGUGGCCGCGCGGAAGUGGUGCAAUUCUUGCUGGAAGCUGGUGCCGACAAGGACCUGGCUGACGUGGGUUGGUGGACACCUCUGCAUUAUGCUGCUGAGAAUGGCCAUCAUGAAGUGGUGCGAAGCUUGCUGGAAGCUGGUGCCGACAAGGACCUGGCUGACGAGGAUUGGUGUACACCUUUGCAUGUUGCUGCUGGGUAUGGCCACGCGGAAGUGGUGCAAAUCUUGCUGGAAGCUGGUGCCGACAAGGACCUGGCUGACGUGUAUUGGUACACACCUCUGCAUUAUGCUGCUAAUAGUGGCCGCGCGGAAGUGGUGCAAAUCUUGCUGGAAGCUGGUGCCGACAAGGACCUGGCUGACGUGGAUUGGUGGACACCUUGCAUUAUGCUGCUGGAAUGGCCAUGAAGUGGUGCGAAGCUUGCUGGAAGCUGGUGCCGACAAGGACCUGGCUGACGAGGAUUGGUGUACACCUUUGCAUGUUGCUGCUGGGUAUGGCCACGCGGAAGUGGUGCAAAUCUUGCUGGAAGCUGGUGCCGACAAGGACCUGGCUGACGUGUAUUGGUACACACCUCUGCAUUAUGCUGCUAAUAGUGGCCGCGCGGAAGUGGUGCAAUUCUUGCUGGAAGCUGGUGCCGACAAGGACCUGGCUGACGAGGGUUGGUGGACACCUCUGCAUUAUGCUGCUCAGAAUGCCUAUCAUGAAGUGGUGCGAAGCUUGCUGGAAGCCGGCGCUAACAAAGACCCGGCUGACGUGUAUUGGUACACACCUCUGCAUUAUGCUGCUAAUAGUGGCCGCGCGGAAGUGGUGCAAAUCUUGCUGGAAGCUGGUGCCGACAAGGACCUGGCUGACAUGUAUUGGUACACACCUUUGCAUUAUGCUGCUAAUAGUGGCCGCGCGGAAGUGGUGCAAAUCUUGCUGGAAGCUGGUGCCGACAAGGACCUGGCUGACGUGUAUUGGUACACACCUCUGCAUUAUGCUGCUAAUAGUGGCCGCGCGGAAGUGGUGCAAUUCUUGCUGGAAGCUGGUGCCGACAAGGACCUGGCUGACGAGGGUUGGUGGACACCUCUGCAUUAUGCUGCUGAGAAUGGCUAUCAUGAAGUGGUGCGAAGCUUGCUGGAAGCCGGCGCUAACAAAGACCCGGCUGACGUGUAUUGGUACACACCUCUGCAUUAUGCUGCUAAUAGUGGCCGCGCGGAAGUGGUGCAAUUCUUGCUGGAAGCUGGUGCCGACAAGGACCUGGCUGACGAGGAUUGGUGUACACCUUUGCAUGUUGCUGCUAAGAAGGGCCGCGCGGAAGUGGUGCAAUUCUUGCUGGAAGCUGGUGCCGACAAGGACCUGGCUGACGUGGAUUGGUACACACCUCUGCAUUAUGCUGCUAAGAAGGGCCACGCGGAAGUGGUGCGAAGCUUGCUGGAAGCCGGCGCUAACAAAGACCCGGCUGACGUGAAUUGGAGAACACCUAUGCAUGUUGCUGCUGAGAAUGGCCAUCAUGAAGUGGAGGGAACCUUGCUGGAAGCUGAUACCAACAAGGAGGACCCGGCUGACGUGAUUUGAAAUUUGGGGAACACCUAAGCAUUCUGCAGCUAGGAAUGGCCAUGGUUAACCAGCAUGCUUCUGGCGUGAAUUGGCGCAGGUCUUUGGAUUUAGCUGCACGUAGUGAAGUGCUGCGACCAUUGCUUGAAGCUGGUGCUG